AUGGCUGCCGAACACGCGAGUGUUGCCCGUUGGCAGGACGACUUAUUCCCGCACAUCGUGGAUCGGUUAGCUCGGGAGACGCCCGAUGCUGUAUACGGCUUAUGGCCCAGCAGCCCGACCACCUACGAGGACGGCUUCCGCACCGUCACAUACGCUCAACUGGCCAAUGUCGUCAACGGCCUGGCCUGGUGGAUUAGCGAGGAACUCGGUCCCGGUCAAGGCCAUGAGGUCUUAACGUACAUGGGGCCUAAUGAUGUGCGGCUUACUGCCCUAGCCUUGGCUGCACUUAAGACAGGCUAUGUGAUCUUCUUCACAUCACCACGCAACAGCCCCGCAGCACAUAAGGGGCUCUUCAGCUCCCUCAAGUGUCGAACCUUGCUAACAACAGACCCAAUGCCGCCACUUGCCCUACCCAUCCUUGAGACAGUCCAGCCGCGUAAACUCGCGAUACCGAGCGUGGGCCAGUUACUCGGACACUCUUAUCCGCACUUUGCCUUCGGGAAAUCCUUUGAGCAGGGUCGCUGGGAUCCUGUUUUGAUUUUGCACACGUCUGGGUCGACGGGCUUACCAAAACCCGUCGUUUGGACUCAGGAAUCGGCAAGGCGACACUGCAAUGCUACGAGCCAUGAACCCCCAGAGGGGUGGACUUCACUCGACCGCACGGUCCAAGGUAAACGGGUGAUGUCGACAUUGCCUCCGUUCCAUGGGGCCGGCUUAGGACAGUUUUUCCUUUACGCUAUCCCCUUCGGGAAUGUUGUGAUUGCACCAGCAACCACGGCUAUUGUUACUGCACGGGGCCUUGUCGAUGCCCUCAAACAAACGCCGGCAGACGUAGCUUUACUGGUGCCGUCCGUGGUCGCCGAGUUAGCACAGGCUCCUGAGCUCCUUUCCUACUGCGCAGAUCAUCUCGAGCUCGUCAUUUAUAUCGGAGGCGACCUGCCGCAAGCCAUCGGCGAUCGUGUUGCAGCAAGGAUGCCUCUGCAUGGCCGGUGGGGCACGUCUGAAGUCGGCACCCCCCCACAGAUAAUAUUACCGGCCGGGUCAGGGACGCACGACUGGCAUUAUAUCUAUUUCGACCCUUGUGCUGGCGUUGCUUUCGACGAGGUUGUAGAUGGUGCCUAUGAGUUGGUGAUACGGCGUGACGAAGCUCUUGCUGACACCCAAAACGUAUUUGCGAUACCGGGGCAGCAGCACCUUGAGAAAGAAUAUCGCACCGGUGAUUUGUUUAAGCCACACCCAACUGCGCCCAACGCAUGGCGCUGGCAAGCCCGCGCCGACGAUAUCAUAGUCUUUCUUAAUGGCGAGAAGUCGAACCCCGUAUCCAUGGAACAGCAUAUCUUGAGUCGCAACUCUGAUCUUAGCGGCGCUCUCGUCAUAGGCUCCCAGCGGUUCCAAGCGGCUCUGUUGAUCGAACCGGCAGCGGCAGCAGCUCCCCUGAGUACGGCAGAGCAGGCUGCCUUGAUCGAGCGCGUCUGGCCUAGUGUUGACGAGGCGAAUCAGAUGGCGCCGGCCCAUGCGCGAGUCGAAAAGAGGCUGAUACUAGUGACUAGCCCUGGCCGACCCAUGAUUCGAGCAAGCAAGGGAACCAUCCAGCGGCCCAUCAGUUUGUCUCAAUACGCAGCAGAGAUCGACAAGCUUUACGCGGACGUUGAGAUGACUCUAGAAGAUGAACCGACAGAUGCGCCACUAGACCUAGCUAAUAGAGAUGUAGUCGCACUCCGCGUUGUCGAGAGUGUAUCGGCUGUUACUGGCUGGUCGAGCCUAGAUGAUGGUGUUGGUUUCUUUGAUCGUGGGAUGGACUCUUUACAGGCGCUCCAGAUCACACGCGCUCUCCGGCGCAGCCUACACCUCCCUACUCUUGCCUUAUCCACAGUCUAUCAGAAUCCUACGGUUUCCCAGUUAACCUCAGCUCUCUUAGGGGAAGGGAAGGGUCCCGGAGAUGAAGACAUCAUGGCUACAUUCUUGGAUACGUACCGUGGACUCAUCCAUCAGAUACCGGCAUCCAAGUCUCCCUUUCCCGGCCAGGGGUGGGGAUUGAUCAAUGUCAUUUUGACGGGCUCUACUGGAACGAUAGGCAGAUACCUAUUACGCGCUCUACUUGAUCGUCCAGGGAUUGGCCAUAUCUUUUGUCUUAAUCGUGGCAAAGACGGCGGGAGCGCGGCCCAGAGCUCAGGGUUCGCCUCUGCUGGGCUGACGAGGGACGGUCUCAAAAAUCGAGUGACUUUCUUAGAGGCGGAUUUCGCACACCCCUCACUUGGUCUCGGCAACGCGAGAUACGAAGCACUACGCAGCCACGUUAGCCUCAUCAUCCACAACGCCUGGGCAGUGAAUUUCAACCUAGGCCUAGCGUCGUUCCGGCCGCAGUUGGCAGGAUUGGUGAACCUAUUUAAGCUCUCGGCCACCGCAGAACACCUUAUCAAGUUGUUCUUCGUCUCUUCCGUUGGUGCCGUAAGCGGUCGAUCAGUCGAUGCCGGACCGGCACCCGAGACGGUGCUGGAGUCUUUUGGCAUGCCAUAUGCGAACGGAUACUCGCGGAGCAAGUUACUAUCCGAGCUCCUCUGCGAUACCGCAGCUCGGCAUCUGAGGAUCCCCGUAACGAUUGCGCGCGUGGGUCAAGUGGCCGGAGCUGCCCGCCAAGGUGGCGAGUGGAAACGCUCUGAGUGGUUUCCGAGCCUCGUGAUUAGUUCUCUUCACCUCACUUGCUUGCCGGAUAGCCUAGGGUCUCAGUUCUCCACGAUUGAUUGGAUCCCUUCCGACCUGCUAGCCGAAACGAUGAUUGAUCUCGCGCUCAACCCCAAGUCCAAGUCAGCGACCAGCUCCGGCGCUGAGGUGUUCAAUCUGCGUAACCCUCACACCGUGACAUGGGGUGAGGUUUUGCCUACGAUCAUCGCCGCGGCUCAGGAGCAUGUGGGGAAAAUACUGCCGGUGGUAUCGCCGUCAGCCUGGUUAGGUAGACUGGAGGAAAGCGUGGCAGCCGCGGAGAACGGCGGCAGCGAUAUGUUGGUUACUGUGGCUUCGUUUAACCCAGCCAUGAAACUGCUGGACUUCUAUCGCGAAGGGCUAUGGUCUCUGGGGGCGGCGUCGAAUCCAAUGUCAGUAGAAUGUGCGCUAGCAGCCAGCGCAACUCUACGUGAAAUGUCACCUGUGGGCACCGAGUGGAUGCGGAAAUGGAUUAAGGAGUGGACGUCAUCGGCUGAAUAAGGGCGUUGUUCCAGAAGACAAUAGCGCAUCGCCAUAUUAGUCAUAUCCAAC